AUGACCGUGGCUGCCAUAACGACGAAGAUCGUAGAGCUUUCACAGGCUCGUUCGGCUGCCAGGUCGAAGAAGGAUGAAGCAAAAGGUAGAAAAGAGAACUAUACAAAUGAGCUUGAGGAACUCAAAAUGCUCGAGGAGGAAAUCCUGGCACGAGAAUGGUCGGCAUGUGUUCUGGGUCGAAACAAGUAUACCACAAGCUCCAUUCAAGCGGGUUUUGCGUUUGGGUUACAGGAUCUGGCUCGAGAUGAUGCACAAGAAGAUGACGAAAAUUUUGACCCUUCCGAAGAGCCAGAAACCGAUGCAUACGUCGCAAGCUCGUUGCCUGUAUUCUGUGUUUCUUCGCAAGGAUACCAGAAGCUGCAAGGACACUUGGAAGGGGAACAGGUCGCAAGUCGAUUUUCGAACCUUGCUGACACUGGCGUACCUGCACUUCAGCAACACGCUCGCAAAAUAGGUGCAGAUCAGAUGUUGGCCGAUGAGGAGGCUUUUAUGAAUGACGCCAGGAGAUUGCUUACGUCGCUUCGGUUGUGGUCUACAUGUACGGAGGAAGCUGCUGCUUCGUACUUCAGGGAUGCUGAUGCCGAGGAUGCGGUGUCGGUCAUUGAUGAACUUGUACAAGACAUCAAGAACAGAUUCCAGACGACUUGUACGAGCAUACAGGGCGUUGUCGACAAUCGAAUCUUCCGUAUCCUUCCGAUAGCCUCAAAUACUGCGGGAGAUAGAGCGAUGAUUACUGUCGAGAGAUGGGGCAAGUCGCCCAAAGACCCAGUGGAACCCGGCCUAUACUAUGGCACAUUCAAGGCUGUAUGCCGAAGAGACGGCACAUACACGAACCCACGCAGAGCCUACAACUUCGGCGAAGACCUUCUAAAGCCUUUGAUGCAGAAAGUCGACGUUCAUUGGAACUCGGUUUUCGAUACGGCUCUCAAAGGUCGGUUCACUAAUGCUCUCAGAGAUUGCGCAGAAAAGCUUGAAAAUUUCAAAGGGAGUUUCCGAAAUAUCUUAAAGACGCGAUGCGCGUCAGAAGAUACCAAGACCAUGUUUGAGGAUCAAAGUGUCAGAUUUGUCAAAUCUUUACACCGUAUUUCGAAAGACGCGGGCAAAGUGAUCGAUAUGGAGCAGAAGGAGGCUAAUCGACUCUUUGAAGAGUGCAUUGAGGUUGCCAUGAAGUCAGCAUAUCGAGCCUGCGCUGAAGAAUGUGGCACAGGCGCUUACGCUCGCAUGAAGGCUGAGAUGCGGCAGCACGUGCAGGGGAAUAGAGACACAAUGUUCUUGCAGGCAGCAGACCGAGUGAGAACGGAACUGGAGGCAAUGCUAACAAAGGUGGAGACCACUAUUCAGGAAGAAGUCGACGAGCUGUGCAGCGGCUUUCGACAAGAUUGCCUCAACUUCAUAUCAUCCAACUCCCGAGAGUUCACCGAGCUUGAGGAGUCUUGUCAGAAAGACAUCCUUGCCGCGCUUGACGAAGUGGAUACAGACUUUUGUUCUCUCACUACAAGCAAGGACAUCAACCUCGAUCCUACUCUACAACAAGCAUUCCAACCAGACGAAGAGGUCGCCAUGGCCGCACAAGAAAUGAAUAGGCCUGAAACGCCACUAGGUACGAGCGAGGAGCAGAUGAUGUUCUUCGAGGAGGAGAUGGAGCCCUUAGAGGACGACUUUUCGGACUGA